CAGAAUCGCGUGCGCUCUCCUUGACAUAAAUCAUUCAGUUUGUAUUUAUAACAGUAAAAAAUAUGCCCAUAAACACUCGUAUAUGUGCUAUAUGUUUUAUAUAGAGUAGGCGUCCAGCCUUUGUUCAUCACAGAAAUGAUCACACUACAAUCUCGAGUUCGGAAUGCGGUCGACACGCAAACUAAAUGCGCUCGGCUUCAUAUACUAUGGCAGAUGUUGCAACAACAAUCAGGCAUCGCCGAACAAGUGCCUUGGCCACGUUUGGUUUGCGGUCGUGGCUCUCUAGUACGCCGUGAACGCGCUAAUUGGGACAACAUAGGUCGUAUUUUAAUGAAAGAGAAGUCGUUUGAGAACGCAUUUAGAAUGAGCUGUUCAAAGCUUAUAUUCUUAGCACAAGAAAUAAAUGAACCAUGUAGACGUAAUAAGAAAAUGAGAAUGUUACGAGGAGGCGAAAUAGAUGUAGAGAUACAGUUGGCCAUAUUUCUACGUAUGGCAGCGAGUGGAAGGUAUCAAGACAUAAAAAGUAUAUCAAGUGCGAGUGUCUAUGCGUGUUUCUGGCGAGUGGUAGAUGCAAUUGAUGGGCUUGACUGGAUGAAAUUUUGAUUUCCCUCAACUGAAGAAGAAAUAGUUCAAAUAUCAAGGAUUUGGAAACCAUUCAACACAUGGAGUGAUGAAUCGGUGUGUAGGUGCCGCUGAAGGAUUAUUUGUUCGUGUACUGUUUCCUACACUUAAAAUAAUGUUCCUAUAGACGAUGUUUGUAUUCAGGCCAUAAGACAGGGUAUGGCCUGAAUGCACAAGCGAUUUGUGAUUCAAACUACAAAUUCUUAGUUCAAUGCACGAUAGGUGUGCAUGGGAAUAUUCUAAAUUUAUGAAACUUAUAGCUCUUCUCCCUCCUGGUUAUUACGUAGUCGGUGACGCAGCAUAUAGAAAUAUAGACACAAUGCUCGCACCUUCUCCUGGUACACGUGACAAAAUGGGGGAUGCUUGGGAUGCUUAUAAAUUUUUUUCAGUCGCAAACCCGAAUGCAUAUUGAGCAAGCACUCGGGAUACCUGUACGAAAAUGGGGACUACUUCGGUCGCCUAUGAGACUUCAUUUUUUAGAAGUGCCGAAGGUAGUUCUUGUUCUAGCUAAACGUCAUAAUUAUUGUCUAAAUGGCGCAGGGUACAAGCGUGUACACAGUCUAAAGCCACCUGUCCAACUGUCGAUAAAAAUAGUAGACUUGGCUCCCAAUUCCGUCACCCCAAUAGAAAAAUUUGACCUGUAUCUCAUCGUGGACGUACGGAACGAGAAAACAUAAAGGACUUUAUCGAAGCCUAAGGAUAUAUGAGAACCGAGACAAAUAUUAUUAGGAGUAAAAAUCGUGCAA